AUCUGCAGAACAUAAUUCAGUCCCUACGACUACUCUGAAGUAAACUCACUUGUUAUCCCCAUGUUACACAGAAGGCAGACAAGAUGGAGGCAUAUCAAGGAGCUUGCCCAAGGUUCCACUGCUGAGUAGCUAAGAAGGGUCGACAGACAGCCACCUCCUUCAGCCUCAUUUCCCCCAAAGCCUCUCACAUGUGUUCUUUUCUGUAUACUCUUAUGAUUGAGCGGCUCACUCUGGGCUGCCAUAUACCUGCAUUCCCACUGGUUUCCUACUCAGUGAGCUCAAUGAGGGCGAGAAGCAGAUCUCUUGUUCAUAGAGUUAUCCCCUCCUCCAGGAAGCCUUCACUCACCACUAUAGUCUAGGGAAGGUGCCUCUUCUGGGCCCUCAGAACCUGUUGUGUGUCCUCCAUCCUGGGCUUGACCUCUUUGCCUGUGCCUUGCCCUGAUCACUUUGCCUGAGCUUCCCAGGCUAGCCCAUUCUGGGCUGUCACUGGGUACUGGUCUAUCUGCUCGCUGCUGGACUAGGGGCUCCAUGAGGGUAGGGCCCGAGGCUACCUCCCUCCCUCCCUGCUGUGUCCCAGAAUCCCCAAAGCUGGGCACAGAAAAUAUAUCAAUGAAUAUUUGUUGCGUAGAUAAACAAAUGAGUUUCAAAGUUGCUAUCAUUGUCCCUUCCAUUUUACUGAGGAGGACACAGGUAAUUUAGGUGAGGGGGAAAAAAGCAGGGACGUGAAUCCGGGCAGCUUCGAUUCCAUAGCCCGAGUCCUUAGCCAACAUGCCAAAUGCCUAGUGAACUGAAAACCAGCUUUCCAUGAAGUUGAACUCUCUGUGUUCUUUUCUCCAGACUUGUCCUUUCCUUCUAGAAAGCUUUGGGAGCUUUGAGCACAAGGGAGGAGAGCAGGCAGGAGGGUGUGGGGAGUAAGAUGAGUGGGGAGGAGAAAAGGUGGGCUGGAGGAUGAGGGUUGGGGCUGAUGUGAAGGAGAGUGGGGAAGUCUUGAGGGGUUUCUCUAGACCCAUAGGGGGCAGCCGGGGCCUGCUGCCGGAGGUGCGUGGGUGGAGAAAGGGUGGGGGACCGGCCCCGCGGGGGGCGAUGCGGUAGCUGCAGCAGCGGCCGCAGGAGUUUCCCACAAUGCAGCGCGGCGCGCUGUCCCCGGUGCUGAUGCUCAGCGCUGCCCCGGAGCCUCCGCCGCGCCCGCCUCCCGCCCUCUCCCCGCCGGGCCCGGGCCCCCGCCAUGGGUCAGCUCGACCCAGUCCUGCCGCAGAGCCGUCCGCUGGCCUGGGCGCGGCGCUGGACAGCAGCCUGCGGGCCGCCGUGGCUUUCAAGGCUGAGGGCCAGCGCUGUUACCGAGAGAAGAAGUUCCGGGAAGCCAUCGGCAAGUAUCAUCGGGCACUGCUGCAACUGAAGGCGGCGCAGGGGGCCCGCCCUGGAGGCCUGCCCGCCCCCGCCUCAGGGCCCACCACCAGCCCGGGGCCAGCCCGCCUCAGCGAGGAGCAGCAGCGACUGGUGGAGAACACGGAGGUGGAAUGUUAUGACUGUCUCACGGCCUGCCUGCUGCAGUCGGAGCUGGUGAACUAUGAGCGGGUGCGCGAGUACUGCCUCAAGGUGCUGGAGAAGCAGCAGGGGAACUUCAAGGCCACCUACCGGGCUGGCAUUGCCUUCUACCACCUGGGAGACUAUGCACGCGCCUUGCGCUACCUGCAGGAGGCUCGAAGCCGGGAGCCCACAGACACCAAUGUCCUUCGCUACAUCCAGUUGACUCAGCUGAAGAUGAGCCGGUGCAGUCUCCAGCGGGAAGACAGUGGGGCCCGGCCUCGGAAUAUCAUUGGCUGAAGCCCACCUAGGGGACCUGUCCCUACCUAACCCCCCUCCCUCCCACGUCACUGUGUAACUUCCCUGACUCAUGUGUCCGCUGGUAAAGCACUUAUCACUGGUAAUCAUAA